CGUGCAGUGAGGCGGAGGCGGGCAGGGCAGGGCAGGGCAGGGCGCCCGCCCGGAGGUGGCCGGCGGCCGCGGCGGCAGCGGCGGCGGGUCGGCGAGCGCAGCAUGCCCGCCGCCUCAGACGCGCCUGCCUCCUGCCGCCGCUGCCCAUGGAGAUCGCGCUGGUGACUCUGGAGAACGGCGGCGCCACGGCCAUCGCGGGUGGCGAGGAUGCCGCGGCCGGCGGCAGCGCCCGGGCCCGGCGGCGGGGCGACUUGCUCCACAUCGCCGGCUCUGCCGCCGCGCCGCGGCUGAGCGACGGCAAGGAGGGCACCCCGCCGCCGCCGGACGAGGAGCGGGAGCGGCCCCCGCCGGCCCCCCGGGGAGGCGGCGGGAGGCGCCGCAGCGCCAGCCCGGGCAGCCCCAACGGCCAGGCGGCGGCGCGCGGAGCCCCCCCGCCGCCCCAACCGCCGCCGCGCGCCCCGCGCCCCGGUGCGGCGGUGGAGAUGGUCCCCCCGGAGGAAGGGGGACACCGCCGGGGCAUGGCCAUGGCGGCGGCGGGCGAGGAGGAGGAGGAGGCGGCAGCGGCGAACCGGGGUGCCAUGCACCACCAGCGGGUGCUGAUCAACAUCUCGGGGCUGCGUUUCGAGACCCAGCUGGGCACCCUCAACCAGUUCCCCGACACGCUGCUGGGAGACCCGGAUAAGCGCAUGCGCUACUUCGACCCGCUCCGCAACGAGUACUUCUUCGACCGGAACCGGCCCAGCUUCGACGGGAUCCUCUACUUCUACCAGUCUGGGGGCAAGCUCCGCCGGCCGGUGAACGUCUCCAUCGACGUCUUCGCUGAUGAGAUCCGCUUCUACCAGCUUGGCGAGGAGGCCAUGGAGCGCUUCCGGGAGGAUGAGGGCUUCAUCAAAGAGGAGGAGAAGCCCCUGCCCCGCAACGAGUUCCAGCGCCAGGUCUGGCUCAUCUUUGAGUACCCUGAGAGCUCCAGCUCGGCCCGGGCAAUCGCCAUUGUUUCUGUGCUGGUCAUCCUCAUCUCCAUCAUCACCUUCUGCCUGGAGACCCUGCCGGAAUUCAGGGACGAAAGGGAAAUGCCAGUGCCCUUGCCUCCACAAAGUGGAGGUUUGAAUGGCACGACCGGGGACUCCCCACCCAUGCAGCCACCCAGUAGCCUCUCUGACCCCUUCUUCAUCAUUGAGACCACCUGCGUGAUCUGGUUCACCUUUGAGCUGCUUGUCCGCUUCUUCGCCUGCCCCAGCAAGCCCGAGUUCUCCCGCAAUAUCAUGAACAUCAUCGACAUUGUGGCCAUCAUCCCCUACUUCAUCACCCUGGGCACCGAGCUGGCCCAUGAGCAGCAGCAGCCCGGGGCCGGCAGUAGCAAUGGAGGUGGGGGCCAGCAGCAAGCCAUGUCCCUGGCCAUCCUCAGAGUCAUUCGCCUGGUCAGGGUCUUCAGGAUCUUCAAGCUCUCCAGGCACUCCAAGGGGCUGCAGAUCUUGGGACAGACUUUGAAAGCCAGCAUGAGGGAGCUUGGCCUUCUCAUCUUCUUUCUCUUUAUUGGGGUGAUCCUCUUCUCCAGUGCUGUCUACUUUGCUGAGGCCGAUGACCCUGAGUCUCAUUUCUCCAGCAUCCCUGAUGCUUUUUGGUGGGCGGUGGUAACUAUGACCACUGUGGGCUAUGGGGACAUGCGACCUGUCACUGUGGGGGGCAAGAUUGUGGGUUCUUUGUGUGCCAUCGCAGGUGUGCUCACCAUCGCCCUCCCUGUCCCUGUCAUUGUAUCCAACUUCAACUACUUCUACCACCGAGAGACUGAUCAUGAAGAGCAAGCUAUCCUCAAAGAUGAACACAGUAGUGCUCAGGGCAGCACAGUGGGGGGAGAUGCAAAGAGAAGAUCCAGUAGAAACUCUCUGAACAAAUCUGUUGUGCACUUGGAAAACAGUGAGGGGUUCAACAAUGGUACCGGCUCCUUAGAGAAAACCAAUAUCAAAGCUAAAAGUAACGUAGAUCUCAGAAAAUCCCUCUAUGCUCUCUGUCUGGACACCAGUAGGGAAACAGACCUGUAAGGAGAUGAGAGAGUUAGAGUUCAGAGAUGCAGAAGGAUUUGCUGGUGUCAGAAACUUACUACUAUAAUUAUUCUUUUGGUACCAGUUAGUUUUUUUAAAUCAGGCUAUAUUUUAUAAAUUGAUCACUGUCCUGAGCAGUCCUCCAGGAAUACAUGUUUUUAUGUUCUUUUUCCAUGACACAAAGGGUCACCUAUUUUUAAAAUAGACUAAGAAUAAGCUACGCUCCAUGAUGCAGGAGCUGGUAAAUUAUGACAGUGCAAAAUCUAAUUUGUAGAAACUUAUUUUAGCAAAUGUUGGUUGGUUUUUAAUGGGUCAUUUGUAACCAAUUCAGUUGCUCCAAGUUUAGUAUUAAAGAGUUGGGGGAUGUGUGUGGAGAAUGAAUGGAUUGGGGAGGGAGGGAGGUUGAGAUUUUUUGUACUGUAGUUUCAAACUGAAAUUAUUCCAAUAUAUUUUAUAUCUGUAUAACUGUAUUUAUGGUUGAAAGGGGAUUUCUUAUUCCUGUGAAAUAUGACCGUUAAAGCACUAGGAACAUUAGCAGAUCAGCACUUUCAGAGUUUUCCACUUGUGAUCAGUACAGAUCUGGUUAUCUAGUAUGUGAAGUGAAUUUGGUGCUUUUAACCCUAUAGCAGAAAACUUUUAUUGUCAUUGAUAUGUUAGUUUAUUGUGAGCCUUAAAUUAUUAAAUAUUGUAGAUAUACUUCUUGAUAAAUAAUUUUAUUAAUUACCUUACUGUUUCAGAAUUUCUAAAUAAUUCAGUCCUGUGCUUACUGUCCCCACUCAAAAAAUGUAUGUGCAGCUUUUUUUUUUUUCCCAUAGUUUUACAGUUUUAUACCUUUGUUAUAUUUUUGAGACCGAAAGAAAAAAAAUGUUGUCUGCUGUUACUGGUUUCAAUCCAAGUGCACAACAGAUUAAUAACAUGAGGGAGUGGAUAGAUACAACAAGAAAGUAGAAUAUGAGCGCAAUAUCUGCAAAACUAUUUUCAUUGUACGCUCCAGAUUACUUUGGCAUGUGUAUCAGUCACCUUUAUGUAUCCAUACCAUUCGUGUACACAGUUCACUGUUUUUCAUUAUCAUAGACUGGAAAUGGACGGCACUUAAAGAGUCUAACAUGGCAUGCUAUGCUACUUAAACCAUUGCGUGGCUUAUAUCUUGGACUCGGAUGGAAAGCAUCACCUUUCAUCAAAACACAUCCUUGUUUUCUUUUAUUUCCAAACAAAACCUUUUCAGUGCUGUGGAUUUUACAGUUAAGAUGUUGUUGAAAGACGAGUAACACAUUAUCUUCAUCGUGCUAACACAGCACAGUACAGCUUACUGGUGAAGACUGACACAAAGUUGCUUCUUUAAAUCAGAGAGCUGUGUUAUCAUUUAUCUUGCAAAGGACAUCUCUGUUUUUUCCUCAAACUUGUUUUAUUGCUGAAGGAUGUUUCAUGCCUUUACCACAUACAGUGGCACAGGAAGACUAGCAGAAAGAGAAGUCUUGAUUGUCAACACUCAAGGUAGACAAUCCCCAUUCUUGAAAGUCAUCUGAGAAGUCAGGAAAGACACUGAAAGUCAUUGGAAAACAGACAUGGCAUCUGUAUAAUUUGCUGUACAUAAGGAGCACAAUUCAGUAAGUUUAUAACUCUGGAUAAUCUGGAUAUUCCCAUAAGUGUCCGGUCCUUCUGCAAUCCAGAGCGACCUGGAGCUCAUGCAGUAGCGCUGUUCUCCAGAUGGCUUUCCAUGGCAUCGUCUUC